CUUCGGGGAACGUUUAUAGCGUUGCAACAGCCUCACUUCCGGUCCACAUGUAAACGCUGCCGUGUGAUUUUUUUUUCAUACACAGACGAUACAACUGUCAAUAUCUUUAUAUAUUUAUCCAAAAAAUACAUUUGAACCAGUGACAGCUGUUUGUAAACAUGAAGCUACUCACGCACAACUUGUUGACAUCCCACGUGAAGGGAGUCGUUAAAGGAUACCCGCUGCUCAUCAAGGCAACUGAGGUGAAGGUGAAUGAGGUGGACUUCAACCCUCAGUUUGUCAGCCGGAUGAUCCCCAAACUGGAGUGGAGCGCUCUGGUUCAGGCUGCAGAGGAGUUGGGUCAACGGCAAGACCUGCCGGCUGAGCUGGUGCCAGAAUAUGAGAACAACGAAGAGUUCCUGAAGAAAGUGCACAGAGUGCUAUUAGAGGUGGAGGUGAUCGAGGGCUGUCUGCGGUGCCCGGAAUCAGGACGAGAGUUCCCGAUAUCCAGAGGAAUCCCCAACAUGCUGCUGAGCGAGGACGAGGUGUAGACUCACACAGACUCACCCCGAGCUGUCACUGAGACGGGAUUUUGGGUAUUCAGAGAGGAGGGAGGUCGGACUUUAAGUUGGUGCGCUGAGAAAACAGGCCACACUGUUUGGUUGAUUGUUAUGAUAUCUAAGUGGCUGAUGCUGCCAAUGGAGAAAAAAGAUUUUAAGGAUAACAGAUGGAAAUGUUUCACCCAGUGGUUUUAUCUGUAUUUAUUUUUGUAACUGUUUGGGUUCUUUCUUUUUUUCAAUAAAACUGUCUUGAUUUCCACGACAAGCCAAAA